AUGUCGGAGACUGCUCCAGUUGCUCCUGCUGCUCCAGCACCUACGGAGAAAACACCUGUGAAGAAAAAAGUGAGGAAAUCAGGCGCAGCUGCUGGAAAACGCAAGGCGUCUGGUCCUCCAGUAUCUGAGCUCAUUACAAGGGCUGUGGCUGCCUCUAAGGAGCGCAGUGGUGUUUCCUUGGCUGCACUCAAGAAGGCGCUGGCGGCAGCUGGUUAUGAUGUGGAGAAGAACAACAGUCGCAUCAAGCUUGGUCUGAAAAGUUUGGUGAGCAAGGGCACCUUGGUGCAGACGAAGGGUACCGGCGCUUCGGGCUCCUUCAAACUCAACAAAAGAGCGGCUUCCGGCGAAGCCAAGCCCAAGGUUAAGAGGGCGAGUGCAGCCAAGCCCAAAAAGCCCACAGGAGCAGCCAAGAAGCCUAAGAAGGCAACUGGUGUCGCUACCCCGAAGAAAAGCGCCAAGAAGACCCCAAAGAAGGCGAAGAAGCCUGCAGCAGCUGCUGGGGCCAAGAAAGUGGGUAAGAGUGCGAAAAAAGUGAAAGCAGCCAAGCCAAAGAAGGCUGCAAAGAGUCCAGCUAAGGCCAAAGCUCCUAAGCCCAAGACUGCCAAACCUAAAUCUGCUAAGCCGAAGGUUACAAAGGCAAAGAAGGCGGCCCCUAAGAAGAAGUGAAGCUGACGGGACGUCCUGCCUUGGAAAUCUCAAAGGCUCUUUUCAGAGCCACCCCACAGAUCUCUAUCAAAAGAGCUGAACCCCUGAUUACCUUUAAACUCCCGCCCUUGUGUUUGAUUGGCCAU